AUGUACGCCGCGAGCUCGCAGCCUCAUCCCGGCUUGGCGCCGCCGUUUGUCCAAGACUCGCCCUACCUCACCUCGCCGCACGUCCCGACCCCGACCCCGCCGCGCGAGUCGCACUUUGACCCGCACGACCCGGCGUGGUUCACGCCCCAGUUCGCGCCGCCGCCGUCGAGCCAGUUCGGCCAGGGCGCGUUCGACUGCUACGGCGACGGCGAGGGCGACGAGGAGCAGGAGGUCCUCGCGUUCGGCGACGACGACCCGAUGGACCCAGUCUACGAGCCGGCGGCGUACCGUCGACACAGCGAGGGCGGCCAGCCGACGAGCGGCUCGAGCGACCGGCUUUCCUUUGGCUCGAAGCCGCACGGGUACGACUCGCAGCCGACCUUCUUCGACUCGGGCUACACCCUCGCGCCCGCCGCCGCCUCGAGCGCCGCCCUCUCGUCCGUCCACAUCCCGACGCACCUCGCACCCGGCGACGUGUCGCCCAGCUCGGCGUCGUUCCCGCGCAUGACGAGGGAGCACUGGCAGGAGGAGCAGCAGCGACCUCGAGCCGCGCUCGCGCACGGCCACGACUACUCGGCGCCGCACGACGUCGUCGACGAGCAGCCGUACUCGCACUACGACGCCUACUCGACGGUCCCGUACUCGGCGGCGCAGUCGCCGUACCCGCAGGCGUCGUCGUCGAGGUCGGCCGCGCCUCGCACGGUCGCCCAGCCGAUCCCGCAGCGAGCGCACCAGCACGCCGUCCUCGUCAGCCCGGCCUUCUCGUGCUCGGCGCCUGACACGCCCAUCGCGUCCCCGUUCGUCGGCUUCCCGUCGCCGAGCCAGCAGGGCCCGUCGGCGUCGUCGAGCGCGCGACCUCUGCGCCCGGGCCUCGUGCGCGCGCACACGAACGCGAGCCCCGAGUUCGUCGCGCAGGCGCACUUCUCGCCCGUCGCAGCUGCGCCCUUGAGCGUGAGCGUCCCGCGGCACAACUCGUGGUCGUCGCCGCAGCAAGGCCCGCGCUUCGAUUCGCCGCAGCAGCACCAGGGCGACAUGGGCCGCCGAGCGUCGAUGCAGCCCGCUUCGGACGUCGCGUACGCGCCGUACCCGUCGACAGCAGCGAGGCGCCGGUCGUCGCAGGCGGCGCUGCAGCAGGAGUACGGCUCGCCGGCCCGAGCGUCGGGCAUGACCUGGACGCCGAGCUCGAGUCGGCGCUCGUCCGGCGCCCCGCCAGCAGCACUCGUCAGUCGUGUCGUACACGGUCGCCAACCUGUCGAGGACAACGCCGACUCGUUCACGCCGCCGACCUCGUUCGAGCCGGCCACGCCGACUUCUCGCCGCACCUCGUCCUACGCGUCCGACCUGCACGACGGCUCGCCGGCGCACCCUCAUGCCGGGUCACCCGCCUUUUCCUUCUCGUCGCGUCGGCCGCACCCGAACCUGUCCAUCUCGGUCGACGGCUCGUCCCGCCGCUCUUCCGCCGCGACGAGCGGCAUGGGCCCGUACCGCUCGCCGUACUACUCGCCCUUCUCGCCCUCGUCGCCGUACACCAACAACAGCGCCGUCAACACGCCGGCGACGAUCGCGAGCGGGUGCUCGUCAGCCAUGUACCCGCUCGAGCCGCCGUACUCGCCCGUCAUGGCGAGCUCGGGGCCGGGCGGCGCGGCGCCGCUGUACGACGCGCACGGCCGGCGCUACACCGACCCGUACGCCAUGACCAAGAACGGCGCGACGAGCGUGUACCGCCCGUCCUCGGCGCGCCGCUCGCACGAGCAGAUGCGCCGAGCCACGAUCGCCGCCGCCCCGCCAUCAGCGUCGACGACCAUGGCGACCUCGAGCCUGUCGGGCUUCGCGAGCCACGCCCCUCAUCCUCACGGCGUGUUCGGUCAAGAGCAAGCGUACGCCGGCGCCGACGAGAACAUGGGCUGGUCGACCUCGUCGUCGGUCCCGUCGGCGGUGGGUCCGAGCGCCUGGUCCGUCGUCGCGCCCGCCGGCUCGCUCGACGCCGCAGCGAGCGGCGCAGGUGCGAGCCUGCCGCUCGACGGCACGGUCGGGCUCGGGCUCGAGCUCGAGAUGGGCCUCGAGGAGGUGCGGCUCGCGGUCGCGGCGGCGUGCGUCGCGCCCGACGCCAUGUACGGCCGCGGCGGGUUCGACGCGACGUACGACCCGAGGGGCGUGCUCCAGGCGCAGCAGGAGGCGGCGUACCAGGAGCUGCUCGUCGCCGAGUCGCACGCGCUCGCCCGCCGCGACGGUGGGCAGCACGCUCGAGUGCAGCGCGAGGUCCGCGAGUACCUCGCCGCCGACAACGGCAUGGCGCUCGGCGAGAAGACCGUCGUCGUCAUGAACCCCAAGAUCGCGCAGCGCAGCUACGGCACCGAGAAACGCCUCCUCGCGCCGCCACCUAUGGCUCUCCUCCUCGGCUCGUCGUGGUGGUCAACGCACACCUCGUCCACGGCCCUGUCGCUCGUCUCGGGCAAGCUCCCGUCGCCCGACGAGCCGCCUGAGCGCCUCACGCUCGCGCCCGAGGUCUUCCUGUCGAUCUCGACCGACAAGGUGUUCCCCAAGGUCGCCGCGUCCGCCCAAUGGAUCACCGACGACGGCAAGCUCGUCCUCGAGCGCACCGAGACCGACCCGGCGCCGCUCGCCGGCCGCGCCAUGAGCAAGUCGCUCGCCGUCAACGUCACGGGCGAGCUCAACAAGGACGUCAGCACGACCGUGUCGACCGUCGUCACGCUGUGCGAGCCGGGUACGGGCGAGCUCGAGUCGAGGGUCUGGGCGCGCUUCCUCGGCAAGCCCAUCUCGGUCAUCUCCAAGCCCUCGAAGAAGCGCGCCAUCAUCUCGGGCAACAUCGCCGGGCUCAACCACGGCAGCAUCGUCUCGUUGUACAACCGCACCAAGACGUACAGCGGCUCGACACGGUACCUGUGCACGUCGGGCGUUGCGUCCAUGUUCCCGACGCAGCAGUGGGCGACCAUGACGGGCGGCACCGCUCAGCGCACGUUCGCUCCCGACGCUCGCGACCUGCGCCUCGUCUCGAAGACGAGCACGUGGGACGCCUUCGUCGUGUACGCCGUCAACAUCGACAGCGAGCACGGGCGUCAGUCGACCGCAAAGCCGCAACCGGGCUUGCCGCCGCCGCCGAGCAACGCCCUGUCGAUCGACGGCAAGAUCCCGCGCUCGCUCUACUACAACCAAACGGUCGUCUUGCAGGACCUCGCCACGGGCGUCGUCUCGCCUGUUCUCGUUCUGCGCAAGGUCGACACGGGCAACGUCUGCUCCGGCGGCGGUUCUCUCGACACGGUCGUCCCUCCUCCUCCCGCUAACUCGCCGCUGCACCCUACCCUCCCCGGCGAGCACCUCGGCGAGCCCGUCUCGCAGUACCGCCCGAUCGCGCUCGAGGUCGCAGGCUCGUCGUCGUUCGGCCCGCCGCGCUCGAGCGACGGCGUACGCUCUCGCGACUCGUUCCUCGGCGUCGUCGACGACGAGGUCGGCAUGUACCAGCUCGACGAGCCGAGGACGUGGGUGCGACCGGCGCACGAGCAGCCGAGCAUGCCCAUCACGCCGACGACGCCGAUCGACGGCGGCUUUGCCGCCAUGCAGCACCGCAACGGCGACAUGGACGAGCACGACAUCGCCCGGGUCGACCCGCUCGCCGAGAACGGCGCGGCGAGGGCGUCGGCGAGGCCUCGAACCGCUCGCCGUCCGAGCGCCGAGGCGAGCAAGCUCUCGUCGGCGGCGGUCAAGAGCAAGCGGCGGGGCAUGUCGGCAGCUGCGCUCGCCGAGCUGACGGCGGCGGCCGAGCGCGAGGUGCGAGGUGCGGAAGCAGGCUUGUGGACGUUGCCGCUCGGAGAUGGUCAUGUCUGGUCGAUGGUCCAGGUCGAGGUCGAGCGCCACACCUUUUUCGUUCCGCCGUCGCUCGACAGCACGAGCCUCGUCGACCCGUCGGCGUGCAACCCGUCGUACCGCACGCCUCGUCCUCGCGUUCCGAUCGGGCCUGACGUUCCGACCGUCUGCUCGGUCGACGGCCCGCUUUCCUCGGCGACUCGCGACGGCGAGCCCGGCAUGCUCGUCGUUCGCGGCAGGCACUUCUCGCCCGACCUCGCCGUCUGGAUCGGCGACUCGCCUUGCGCCCAGGUCAAGUUCCGCAGCUCGGAGCAGAUCCUCGCCCACCCGCCAAUGGCGACGCUCAAGCACUCGCACAGCCGGCCAGACGAGCAAGCCCGUGCAGUGCCGGGCUCGGGCCUCGACAAGUCGCGUCGGAUCUCGCUCGUGCGGCCGGACGGCGUCGUCUUCCCAUCGCAGGUGUGCUGCUGAGCGCGUCGCGGACGUCGCGAGCCGCUCUCGUGCAGCGCUCGGCGCAAACAGACACUGCAUCCCUUCCCACUUUCGCUCCCUCCUUGUAUCCGCCCGCCUCGCAUGCCUCUCGUUUGAUUUGUAGCAUCCCCCGCCCAAACACGUGUACCUCGGCAGCCUUU